AUGGUUCUGGCAAUUGUAAGACUAGCCGCCAUCAGAUUACCUCUGAUGGAGUAUCUUCUUGCAACAGUCCAAAGCAACCACCAAGAAAUGAAUCGAAUGGAUUGCCAGACCUUAUCAGUCCUAAGCAAAUUGACCCAGGCAGUCACUCUAAGAUUAAAACUUGAAAAAUCGAAUUCAAGUAGUACGACAUCAUGUGCUUCGGUUCCGCCGACACCACGAAGUGAAGGCGCGAUCUUACAAUCUUCUAAUUUGAGAAGUUUCAGUUUUAGUGAUCUGAAAACUGCUACGAGGAAUUUCAGGCCUGAUAAUGUGUUAGGUGAAGGUGGAUUUGGGUCUGUUUUUAAAGGUUGGAUAGAUGAGAAUACAUUUACAGCUACAAAGCCAGGGAUUGGACUUGUGAUUGCUGUUAAGAGGUUGUACGAAGAAGGGCUUCAGGGUCAUACAGAAUGGCUGGCAGAAGUGAACUACUUGGGGAAACUAUACCACACUAAUCUUGUCAAGCUGAUUGGAUACUGUGCGGAAGAUGAACACCGACUUUUGGUGUAUGAGUUCAUGCCCCGUGGAAGCUUAGGGAAUCAUCUUUUCAGGCGAGGAUCCCGCUUGCAACCACUUUCAUGGAAUCUGCGAAUGAAGGUUGCUCUUGAAGCAGCAAAAGGCCUUGCAUUUGUCAAUAGUGCGGAAAGACAAGUCAUCCAUAGAGACUUUAAAACUUCAAAUAUCCUGCUUGAUUUGACUUGUAACGCAAAGCUUUCGGAUUUUGGUUUUGCGAAUGAUGGCCCUACUGGUGAUACGAGUCAUCUGUCUGCUACGGUCACAAUGAACACCGAUGACUGUGCUGCUCCGUGGCAUCGGGAAACAGGUCAUCAAACUGUAAGGGGCCACAUAUACCGCUUCGGGGUUGUUCUCUUAGAAAUGUUAUCUGGUCGAAAAGCAUUAGACAAGUUACGGCCAGCGGGAGAACACAAUCUGAUUGAGUGGGCAAAGGGUUCCCUGUCCAGCGAAGAUAGUGUUUUACGUAUUAUAGAUACCCGAAUUGAAGGUCAAUACACACAGCCAGGAACGUUAAAGGCCGUUAACCUUGCUAUGCAAUGUCUAUCUGCGAAUCCCAAGUGCAGACCAACCAUGGAAGAAGUUGUAGCUUCACUUGAAGGGCUUCAGGAUUCCAAUGGACAUCAGUCUUCGAUCCCUGUAUAGUUCUUUAUUUUGGCUAGUUUAUCUGACUUGACUUGUCCUUCACGUCAAUUGUUUCUUUUGGGAAUUUUUGUAAUAUUGGAUAUGUAGACAUGAAAAUGAAAAUCCUUUUAUGCA